GGGGCGAUGGCUUCCCCGCAUCGGGCAGCCAGGCUGGCGGCCGCCAGUCUCCACCUGCCGGUGAACACCACCACCACCGGAGUCAGGGUCGUUCAGUACGAACGCCAAGACCCCUUAGAGUCCUUGGUCGCGGAGGCGUUGGCGGCAGCCAUGGAGGAGGAACUGAAGACUGGGAUGCGGCAGGAGCGGGCGUCGGCUGGCAGUCACCGCUCUCCUGUGGAAAAUGAAGGUGUGACGUUCCAGGACAUCAUGAACUUUUCUGAUAUUUACCGCUCCAAUGAAGAGUAUUUCAGGAAACUCAAAGAGCUGAAGGCUGCCCAUGUAGAAACCAUGGCAAAAUUAGAGAAAAUGUACCAGGACAAGCUAAAUAUAAAAGACAUUCGGCCAGUGGUCAUCAGGGAAGACUCCUCUAGUGUCUCCUCUAGUUCUGCAUCGGAACAGAACUGUGCUCACCCUGUCAUGUUAGUGACAUCGAUUUCAGAGCCUCAGAUAGGCCGGUCGCCCUCGUUGUCCACUACUUCUGACGAGGAUCUGCCCAGCCUGGAGAGAGAGACUCCGCGGGAGAGCAGAAUGGCAGCCUAUGCGAGGGAGCUCAUCAACAACAUGUGGGUUGGCUUUUCCAUAGAAGAUUACAUUCAGUGUGACUCUGACGUCCAGAGAGCUAAGAAAACAAGGAAGAAACCCAAAUCCUGGGUGCCCACGAUCACAGUGCCUGUACCCUUUCAGAUGACAGUCAGAGAGCAGAAGAGGCGAGAGGAGAUGCAGAAAGCAAGGUCAGGUCUGGAAAGUCGGCAGAAGCUGCCCAAGAGGGACGACGAUGAGGACGAGGCUGAGUGUAAGAAGAAAUUUCGAGCCAACCCGGUCCCCUCUUGUUUGCUCCUCCCCCUUUAUGGGGAUCUGGUCAGACAGGGUGAAGAACGGAGGAGGACCGCCAGGGAGAGGAGCAAAGCCGAGCUCCUGUCCUCCCAGAAGCCUUUCAAGUUCAUUGCCAGGGAGGAACAGAAGCAAGCCCUCCGCGAAAAGCAGCUGAGGGACCUUUUUAAGUCGAAAAGGAAAACGAAGCGGUUUAAAGCCAGACCUGUGCCUCACUCUAUUUACAGGGCAGCUGCAAAUGACAAGUCAAAGGAGGAGGAGCUCGGUAGGAACGCCAGGACGCAGUCGAGGGACCGAGAACUGCUGCCGAAUUCCCCCGGGCGCUGUAGGCCGGCUUGCAGACAUUUACGGGACCCCCAAAGUACCGAAAAGCUGAGGGGUAGACACAGGUGUAGGUGCCUGAGCCCUGAUGAUGGAGACUUGCCUGAGAAGCACCCGAAGGCGCCCUUCUCAGAACACAGCUUUCAGAAACGCUCGACUCUUCGUAAACAGCGUGGUCUUCACGAAUCCCCAUGUGACUCUGCUAAAAGACAGAAAGUCUUGGCAGACGUCGGAUCUGAUGAAGAAAAUCAGAAAGAAACAUGCUGGCUUUAUCUGUCUCCAAGGCAGAAGUCACCAGUCAUGGGUGCGUGUGCAAAGCCCAGGCCUUGUCAGCGCAACCCUCCAAUGUCCACCCAGACUUCCCGGGGGCGGGAACAAGCUAUCAGGAAAUCACUUGAGGAAAAGAAAAUGUUGGAAGAAGAGAGAAAGCGGAUCCUAACUAAACAGAAGCAAAGAAUGAAAGAAUUGCAGAAGCUCCUGGCAACCCGGGUUAAGGCUUAUGACUCACAUCAGGGCUUAGCCCAGAUGUCUAAAUCCAGAGUAAACCAUCUCAGAAAGAGUGAGAAGGCAAGAAUGAAGGAAUAUUGGCAAGAACUGGAAGAGCGAGACAAGAAGCUGCAGAUGAGGCCGCUGCUGUUUGAACGAGUUGCCCAGAGGAAUGCAAGGAUGGCAGCGGAAAAGCGCUAUGCUAACACCCUAAAAGCACUAGGACUAUCUGAGGAGUUUGUUUCAGAGAAAGGCCGUGGUGGAAAAGUGUCUGAGGACUUCACCAGGCAAGAGCUGAGAAGCCGCACGUCGGAUAAAGAAAGCUCUUGUGAAGAAGAAAGAGAGAAUGAGGAUGGAAACUAUUUAAGUGAUGCCAACAGCCAGGAUUCUUGCCAGGAAAACACCGAAGAUGUUAAAGAAAGCAGAGAAGAAAAUUCCGAAGAUUGAACCCGAAUCACAAGGCUGCCUCUCCCUGAGCCUUUCUGUGUGCAGCCUCAGGACCUCAGCCCUGCCCUUGUGGUGUCCGGAGCAUGUGCUGGGACAGCUCGCACACGUGUAGGACUGCCUAACCAGGACAUCACAUCUGGGACAGGCUGAGUCCACGCAGCGGGUGACUGAUUGCUCGAUCAGCUGUGCCCCCUGCAGUGUGGCGAUCUUAUGCUGCUGGUGGUUCUGUUUCUGUUUUUGAAGUAUUUGCGGAUUAGAGAGCCACAGCCGUCACAGGUGGAUUGGUUCUGGAAAUGCACGUUCACAUUUGGUAGGGGAAAGAGUUUGCUAUUGAGAGACCUAUUAGCUUUUGAAGAUCUAUUUUUAAAUUUACUAAGUAUUUUCAAUUUUCUCUGAACUGUUUUUUAAAUAAGUAAUAUACAGAAAAAGAUAGGUACUUAGAAAUUCACAGUAAUUUCUGCACUGAAAAUCUACUGCUAAAUUGUCCACACCAUGGCUACGUCUUCUUUCUUUCUUUCUUUCUUUCUUUCUUUCUUUCUUUCUUUCUUUUUUCUU